AUGUUGCAAAUGGGUGCUGAUGGUCAAACUGCUGAGCAGCUACAACGUGGCUUAAACUUUGCCAACAUUAAUAGGGAGCAAUUGACCAGCAAUUAUAACUCCAUACUGACAAAAUAUCAACAAGGAGCCAGACUAAAAAUUGCCAAUAAAAUCUAUGUAAUGCAAAACGAAGAACUCAGAGAUGAUUACAAUGAAAUGUUAUCCGAAAAUUUCUAUACAACUGCAGAAAAUAUCGAUUUCACCCAAGUUGAAAAUGUCACAGCCGUACUUAAUAAUUGGAUUGCCUCGAAGACAAACGAUAUGAUUAGAGAUUUGAUAACUGAGGAUAGCAUAAGUCCUUAUACCCGCUUAUAUAUUUUAAGUGCAAUUUAUUUCAAUGGCAAAUGGGCUAAAGCAUUCUCGAAGGAAUCAACGAAAGAAGAAUAUUUCUAUUUGGAUAAGAAGAGUUUUAGAAAAAUUCAAAUGAUGAGAGUGCAAUCGAAAUUUAAAUUUGGUUUUGUGGAUGAAUUGGAAGCAUCGGCGGUUAUAUUGCCUUAUAAGGAUAUUGAUCUUUCGAUGUUAAUUAUUUUACCCAAUGCAAUUGAUGGUUUGGCAAAUAUUACUCGGAAGUUACGGAAUAUAGAGUUGUCUUCACUUAUUUCAAGAAAUGUAAAAUAUGCCAUGGAAGUUGAUUUGCAGAUGCCAAAAUUUAAAGCGGAAUUUAAAAUCAAGCUGAGUGACAUACUUAAAAAGAUGGGCAUGGAAAAAAUGUUCUCCAGUGGCGAUUUUCGAAAGAUGUUAAAAUCACCAGGACCCUUGGCACUGUCCGAAAUAAUACACCAAGCAUCGAUUGAAAUUAAUGAAGAGGGCACAAGAGCUUCUGCCGUUGCAGCUGCCGAUGCAUAUCUGCGUUCAUCCUUGCCAGUGUUUGAUUUCAAUGUUAAUCGUCCAUUUUAUUAUGCCAUCAUCAAUGAUGAUUUUAUACCAUUUUUUGAGGGGACAUUCGUGGGAGUUUAA